UUCCCUCCACUUUUCUCUUUCUUCUGUUUUCAUUUUCAACGACCUUGGUGUCGAUUCUUUCACAACUUGUGUACUAGCAGAUUUCCCCACUCUUUUUAGCAAAUAGAAACGCGCUCGAGCCAGCCAGGUAUGGGCUUCUUCUUUCGGUGAGGACGUAAGGUGAAUGAAGUAUUGAGAUUCCUAACGACGAGCGUUUUCUCCAAUGGCGGAACCCUACAACUUUAACGGAGAAUCGGUAGACCCGGUUGUGGAAGUAGAACUCUCAGGAGAUGAAUCCGACUCCGACUCCGACUCCGGGUCCGACUACGAAGAUGACGCACCUCCGACUCCGGCCGAAGAGGAGGAGGAGGGGGACGAGUACAUUCCAAUUGCCCCGUCGGCUAGGGUUCCAGUCAAUCAUGUUCCUUCACGUUCCAGCCGAGUGCUGAGUGUUAAUGUUGAAGGGGAGAGAACUAAAAGAAGAAGGGGGGAGGAAGGAAGGGCUGCUGCGGCAGUAGCAGCUGAGGUAUGCUCGUCGAGUUCUCAAGGGAGCCAGUGGAAUCGUGUUGAAAUUGACGGCCUUUUUUGCUCGAUUUGCAUGGAAGCCUGGACCAGUGAAGGAGAUCACCACAUUUGUUGUCUUCCUUGUGGCCACCUCUUUGGUUUGUCUUGCAUUAACAAGUGGUUGCGACAAAAACGAAGUUCUGGAAAGUGCCCCCAAUGCAACAGGAAAUGUACAUUGAAAGAAGUGAGGAAGCUGUUUGCACCCAGGAUUGCUGUGGUUGAUGAGGAAUCGCAGAAGAGAAUUCACUUUCUAGAGACCAAGUGUGCAUCUCUUGAGAAGAAGGAUGCUGAAUGGUCCAAGAUUGAAGCUCUGUGGCACAAGAAGGAAUCUGAAUUACAACAGAAAAUUAAACAACUUGUUGAGAGAACAGUUCAGAUGCAGCGUUCAUUGGAUAAUUUCAACAACACCGUGGCAGGGUUAUAUACUGCUCGUAGGGGCCAUCAUGUACCAUUUAUACCUGAUAAUACUGCUACUUCAAACUUCAGCAUGCAGGGCUCUUCUGGCAGCUUUGAGUUACAGGAAGAGCUGUAUGUGGAGGGUGCACGCUUAUUUGACAUUAAUAUUUCCAGUCAAACGGUAUUAGUUGCGAGAAGACCACCCAAGGUUGGUGGAUGCCAUUUUACCAAGAUCAGCUUGAUGCCUCCACAUGGAACCAGUGAAAUUUUUCUUUCACUUAGUACAAACAUCAUCAAAGACUUGCAUUUUUGCCCACUUAAUACAAAUCUUGUGCUGUUUGCUUCCUUGGGGAAAAAGCUAUCCAUUCUGAGUUUGGAAAGCAAUAACAUCACUCUUUCAUAUGACUUGCCGUGUCCUGCUUGGUCAUGCUCUUGGGAUAUAAACAGUCCACAUCAUGUUUAUGCAGGAUUACAGAAUGGCAUGUUGUUGGAAUUUGACAUCCGGCAAACUGCAAAGCCUCUAGAAUCCAGGUCGGGGCUCUCAAAUAAUCCAAUUCAUACAGUACACUCUCUUCCAUACAAUGGGACUCUGCCUAUUGGUGCCAGAACAGUGCUUUCUGCUUCCUCUAUCGGCAUAUGUCAGUGGAUUUUUGAAGCUGCUGAAGAAAGGCCAUCUUUAGUCCCCACGAGUGGAAAUCAAGGAGUCUGCAUCUCGCUAGCACACUGUCCCACCACUGAGAACAUUGUAGCUACAUAUCGUCCCAAGGUUGAGACAUUUCCAUCAUGUGAAGUUGCUGCUACUGGUUCACAAGCAUUUGUCAGCCACUCCUCCCAAGCUAUCGGGCAAGGAAUUCAGGGUUCUCAUCUCCACUUGAAGAGAACGGGCAGCAGUUAUGAGACUUUGGGCAGUGCAUCGGCAACUGUAAGCAACAUCAGACUGCCCCGAUGCACCAUCAUAUGCCGGAAGCAGGAGCAGCCUUGUUUGUUUGUGUCUGGGGAUGAAGCUGCACAAGGGUUGCUGUUGCAGGAGCUGCCAUCGUUUGCAUUUAAUCAGCACCUUCAGUCAUCCCGCAAGAGCUUCAUCUCUGACGUGAAAUAUGCAAGUAGUGCCAACAUCCAAGGGGGUGGAGUGUUGGGGUGUUUAAGCGAGUCUACCUUGCAACUUUUCACGACCAGGAGUUAAAAAUUAAAAUGAUGAAGAGUUAGGUAAUCUUCUUGGGGGCAUAUAAAUCAUGUUCAAUCAAACAUUCACUUGGUUGUUAAACUUUCCCCUUCCUUUUGUUAGUUUGUUUACUUGUUCUGUUUUUAUUGUAGGUGUUUGUGGAGUGACCACUUUUUGUCCAGUUCUUUCUCGAGCGGCAUAGAGAGAGACUGCUGUUUGUAUCCGUAUAGCUAGGAGCAAGCGAGAUUGAUGCAUGGAUCGAUCUCAGCUGUAGGUUAGAGUUAGAGGUGGUUCCAACCAAUUGAUUGUUUUCCUUGAUAGUUAUACAGUUUUAGUAGAUACAAACAUUUUUGUUGUUGAUAAUUUUAUUGUGUGAGAUUGGCAUAAAUGUUUCUUCUUUUCUAUGAUUAAAACUAGAGAGCAUAACAUAGGAAAAGAAAAUGCGAAGUGAGGUAUACACCAUCUAUGAACAGCAUAGUAUUCUGAUUGGGUCAGCUAGUGAUGCAGAUUUAUUUAUAAUUUUUUUUUUUACAAAAGAUAGUGAUAUAUUGAAUCAAACCAAAAGAUAGUUACAUCCUGGAGAGCAGCCAGGCCUGAAAAUCAAAAAACCGUUUCAUAGACGGGUACAAAGACAAGGCUUUUCUAGUCACUAAAUGUGCUACCUUAUUGUUACGCCGACCUACAAACCGAACCCCAAACCCAGACUGGGAUCUAAGAUACUGUAGAAUCUCGUCCAACACAGCCCCCGUCUGAUUGUCUCCAUUAUCUGCCUGAUUGAUUUAAUCAAUGAGCACCUUGGCAUCACCUUCAAAAACGACAUUUGUCACUCCAAUUUCAAGGCACCAAAAAAUCGCGUCCCGAAGCACAAGAAGCUCUGCCACCAUCGGAUCCUCAACCACCGGCAAUUGGACACCCUUAACGAGGAGAAUCUCUCUUAAAUGAGUGCAAAGAACAAUCCCUCCAGCCGAAUGGGAACCAUAUUUAGUUGCACCAUCCCACAUACAAAUAAUUAAGAAAGGGAAAAAAGGGAGUUUACACCACAAACCGUGGAACCCCAGAACAGAACAACAACACAGCAGCAAAAAGCAUAAGAUCACAACAAAUCAGGGGCAAAGAGGCACCUUCCCUUAGCCAAGCUUCCAUACUCACGUUUCCUUCUGAAUUUAUAGGAGAAACAGGGGUCAGAACAGGGGAGUGAACCGGAGCUGCUGAACACAAUCUUCAGGGGAAAUAUGUGCAGCUGUAGGCACACCAGAAUCCAGUGAAACUCGAGAUAACCCGGAUAGCUUGGGAAAGUCUGCUAAGAUCUCCUUUCAUGACUCUCUAAUCCAAGUCCAAUUUUUGCUCUUUGAGUUGCUCCCCUAGUCGAAAGUAGGUGAAGCUUAAGCAUUCUGAACCGCCCUUAUGAAAUACUGCGAUCGAUUUUCUUGGCGCUUACUAAUAGAGUAAUGACAAACUUUUCCCAAUAUAGGGUUGUCCCAUAAAAAAAUGGAAUCUUUAGAAGAAUGAUUGAACUUGGCUUGAGCUUGAUAAUAAAGAACAUUUCUGACU